CUUUCAGAGCCACUGACACACCAACAGCACAAUGAUGAUGUCACUGACUCUACUGCUGACCAUCCUGGGGCUCCUGGUUCAGGGUUCAUUAGGAGACAUCAUCCUGACUCAGACUCCUGGAUCUCAGUCUGUUGCUCCAGGACAGACUGUCUCCAUCAGAUGUAAAACUAGUUCAGGUGUAGGUGACUGGCUUUUCUGGUACCAUCAGAAACCUCGACAGGCCCUGAAGCUCAUUAUACGAAAAGCAACAAAUCUUCAUUCUGGAGUUCCAGCUCGGUUCACUGGAAGUGGAUCUGGUUCUGAUUUCACUCUGACCAUCAGUGGAGUUCAGGCUGAAGAUUCAGGAGUUUAUUACUGUCAGCAGGGUAGCAGCUACCCGUUCACACAACAGCUGUCCUUCAUCACAACAGAAGACACAGAAAUCCUCCUCAUCAAAAACAUGACUUUGAUCUGCGUCCUCAUCUGGACUCUCCUCUGCUUCACUCAGGGAUCUGAUGGACAAAAUGUUGUUGUGACUCAACCAGCAGCCAAAUCAGUGCAGCUUGGUCAGACUGUCACUAUUGACUGUAAGGCCAGUAGACAAGUAGAUCUCUAUUCUGGUCCACAGUACUACCUUGCCUGGUACCAUCAGAAACCUGGAGAAGCUCCUAAAGCUCUGAUCUACUUAACAUCAACCAGAUUUUCAGGAAUCUCCUCCAGAUUCAGUGGAAGUGGAGCAGGAAAUUUAUUAGACUUCACUCUGACCAUCAGUGGAGUUCAGGCUGAAGAUGCAGGAGUUUAUUACUGUCAAAGUGCUCAUUACAUCAACAGUCAGUACGUGUUCACACAGUGAAAAAUCAUCGUACAA